AUGGCCAUUCAUCCGAAUUUCCCAUCUGAAGUGAACCCGAGAGGAUCCCUCUCACCACAGCAGGCUCGCGCUAUCUCCGUCUGGACUGAACAGGCAGCUGCAUCCUUGGAGAGUCUGACUCUCUCCGAGUCAGUGCCGAUCGCCGAUUCCAAUGUGGCCUUUGCCCAGUCCACUCCUACGCGCGCAGGCGUUCGCGGCACCACAGUCUCGUUAUCAAUUCCCUUAGAUGACCCAGUCCCGACAGCGGGAAGCCCUUCCGCGCCUAAGGUCAAGGUCUUAGGCCAGCCAACCAAGGAGACUCAGGUGGCGUCGGUGACCUUUCGGCGCCGCGAGCCGAUUCGCCGUGAUAGUCUCAAGAGGCGCGAAGCCUUGUUGAAGGGAAAGGAUGGUAGUCGUCGCAGGCAGCGUUGGGAGAAUGAUCGUCUUCUGAACAAUCCGUGGGCCGAGCCGCCAUCCUCAAAGGAUUGGGAUAUCCAAGCCACUCACACUCGUCACGACCCUUUGCCUUACUACCUUGCACCUCUCUGGGACAAUCACUAUGCGCAUCUGGACCAUAGGUCAUCCCAGCAGAUGGAGACACGGACCGAGAAGCAUCGUGUUCCUAAGGAGCUGCGACAGAGACUAAAGCAUGCACGUGCAGCACGCGGUAUACUUCAAGAUAUCGAAGAGGACAUCAGACAAUUCAUCCAGCGAUGGAACGAGAAGCAAAGUUUACUGAAGCAGGAGGGUCUGGCAGAUGCCCCGCAAUCAUCCGACAGUGAAUCUGAAGAUGAGAUCGUGUUUGUGGGUCGAAACGGCCUGAUGCACGACUCGCCUCAGAGAAGAGCAAGACUCCAAAAGAUGCGUGAGGCAAUGAGUGCUCAUCAUGAGCAUGAUGGGCAGAAGAUGGUGUUUGAGAGCCUGGUCGACGACCGGGCAGCUGGAUUCGGUCGCUGGCUCGUCCAUUCCAUCGCGUCGUAUUAUGGCCUGCACACUUGGUCUGUCACCGUCGGGGAACCUGCCCGCCGCGAGGCUUACGUUGGCUUCUAUCCGCCAGCCCCAAGCAGUCGAGCAGGACCCAUAUCCCCACCGGCCGGAUCGAAGGCUUGCCGUCAGGAAGCGAUGAUACAGCCCGGCGACGAACUGCCUCAACCGCUCUGGAUGCAGUUAGCAUUGGGCAUUACUAACUUAUGUAACCUCCUAUCCCCCUUCCAAGCUCACCUACUUACUAUGUGGUAUGCAUGUUAUGUUGGUGAUGUUAAUGAUGUCUCUGGGUGUGACUGUGACGUAGUGGUCGGUCCGAUAGUUCCGGGUCUAGAUGGUCUAAAUGACGCUACUAUGCACCAGGCUGUCACUGAGAGAAGAAUAUGUCUCGUACUUCUGAUGUUGGUUCUGCAACAGCAGAUCACUCCAAACCUCGGGUGCAUGUAUGGUGCAAGGGACUGGGUAUCAUCUCCGACUAGUGUCCAUUUAAGCGACUGUGGAAUGUCGAACCAUCUCCGAUUUUUCCUAUGGAGAAGGACAAGCGAAGGCAAGGGCACUGACCGCGCCCCACUUGGGAGGCCCCAUCGUUGUGGGGGUCGUCAAGGAGAGAAACCGGAAAUAGGGUUCGUGUUUGAGUUUUUGGGUGGGAAAAAGACAACACAGAACCCCCCCGAGCCCGGAAUCCAUCUCCCCACGUCUUCGCCUCCAAAAGCCGCCUCUUCUCACAUGGAAAUCCCCGGUGAUCUAGAUGUGGCGAGACUGAUCGGAUUGCCUGAAGGGGGAGACACAAGAGAGAGGCAGAGCAUGGGCGAUUAUUCAUUCGGUCCGAUCCGAAGAGGCGACCCCAGUCGAUUCCAUGGCAUCGAUCUGAUAGAUGUUGUGGACUUGACCAUUGGUAUUUUCCAGGCUUUUUACCUUUGUUUUUCUUUUCUCCUUGUCUCCGGUGACAAAGUUGUCGGCCAUUCUCCAUUCAGCGUUCGGUCAGCAAUGAAUAUUUCCCAAUCCACACCGCGUGCGAAGUACCAACACCAGUCGGGAAAUGUCCACAUCUGGGAGUCUCGGAGAAUAUCCUGGACGCACUGGAGAAAAAGGAAAAAGACCUACCGAGAAAUGCCCUUGCAAGGGAAAGAUGCGCAUGGAUUGUCUUCGCAGUUGAAGUCUCUUGGUAGUAGCACUACCGUCAGCCAAGGUCCCAAGGGCAAGGCUGUAGGCAGAAUCCUUGCUGAUCAUUCAGCCAGACUUACCUGGAAGAAUUGUGUAUCGCUUGGAUCUGCUGAUUCCGGGGGACAACGAGGAUAUUGCCAGCAUCACCAGCACAGCAUCAUCCGCACUAUUAGCGUGGGCGAGGAAGAAGUAAAGCAAUCUGAAACUUUCUCCCGUAGAUAA